AUGCAGACAAACUUUCUUUCCCAGCAAUUUAGUGCUGGUUCUUUGGCAGAAAACUCCACAGCUUGUCCAGCAAAUGCUACUAUUUGCAAUGGCACCUCCUGUGUAUUGCCAGAAGAUAAUUUUAAUCAAACUUUGAGCGUAGUUUUAAGUACUGUUCUAACAAUCAUGCUGGCUUUGGUGAUGUUCUCCAUGGGCUGCAAUGUGGAAAUUAAGAAUUUCUUGGGCCACAUAAAAAGACCCUGGGGUAUAUUUGUGGGUUUCCUUUGCCAGUUUGGAAUUAUGCCUCUCACAGCCUUCUUGCUCUCUUUGGCCUUUAACGUCCUUCCUAUUCAAGCUGUUGUGGUGAUGAUCAUGGGAUGCUGUCCAGGGGGCACAGCCUCGAAUGUCAUCGCCUACUGGGUGGAUGGAGACAUGGACCUAAGCAUCAGCAUGACAACUUGCUCCACGAUUCUUGCAAUGGGAAUGAUGCCACUUUGUCUCUUUAUUUACACCAAAAUGUGGACUGAUGCUGAUGCAAUUGUACUCCCCUAUAACAGCAUUGGACUUUCUCUGGUAGCUCUUAUAGUUCCUGUUUCAUUUGGAAUAUUUGUCAACCACAAAUGGCCUAGUAAAGCGAAAAUCAUACUUAAGGUAGGUUCCAUUGUGGGAGCAGUGCUCAUCGUGGUCAUUGCUGUGGUUGGGGGAAUACUCUACAAAGGCUCCUGGAUUAUCACACCGAAAUUAUGGAUCAUUGGUACCAUAUUUCCAGCAGCUGGCUAUACUUUAGGAUUCUUUCUGGCUCGUCUAGCUGGUCUGUCUUGGAACAGGUGUCGUACAGUGUCUCUGGAAACAGGAAUGCAAAACACUCAGCUAUGUUCCACUAUAGUACAGCUCUCAUUCACUCCAGAACAACUUGAACUGAUGUUUACUUUUCCACUCAUCUACAGCAUUUUCCAGCUGUUGUUUGCACUGCUAAUUUUAGGAGGCUACCGUCUCUACAUAAGACACCGUGUCAAAACAAAGACAGAUAUUGAGAAAACAGCACAAAAAGAGGAUUCAAAAUCAAGUGCUAAAAUAAAUGGAGGAUUUGUAUCAGAUGAGAUAAAAUAG